AUGAACACGUGCAAGGGUCAUUGUAAGGACACGUGCAAGGGUCAUUGCAAGGACACGUGCAAGGAACAAAGUGCACAACAGGUAUCACAGCACAUCGCCAAUGUUCGCGCCAAUAACCCAGAAUAUCGGGAGGAAAGUCGGGCACAGGAUGCCACAGCGCGUGCCCAUAGGAGACGAAGCGAAAGGAUCCGUAACCUUGAGCGAAUUCGGGAUGCUGAAGCACAUGCUGAACGGCGACAGAAUCUUGACUACCGUGUCCCAGAAAGGAAUCGCGACAUGGAAGCACGAGCGGCCCGUCGAGAGGAUCCCGAGGAGCGCCGUCGAGAGCAGGACUCUGAGGAACAUGCAAGGGAACAGGAGAGAAAUACUGAGGAGCACCGACAACGACGAAGGAAUCCGGAAGAGAGGCAGCGAGAACGGGAAAUGGGCGCCAAUAACAGGAGAGCAAUCAGGAGAAAUCCCAUCGCAAGAUCGCAGGAGCAACGGAUGAACACAUCUCAACGACGGGAAACACGCCAACAGCGGAGGAUUCGGGAGGAACAAAUUCGGCAAAUGGCAGAGGAUCGGCUAAUCAACUUUAGGAUGGACCCCCAAAACCGACUGGAUGCCUCCCAAAGGCAGUCACAAAGGAAUAUGGACGCAAGAGCAGAACUUUCGGAGGAUGAGAUGGAACAGGAACGCGAACUACAGCGUCACAGGAUUCGAUCAUCGGCGAGGGAUCUUUAUCACAGGAACAUAAAGGAAGGACCAACGGAAAUUUGCGUCUGCUGUGGAGGAACGUGGUUCCGUUCGCAGGACUAUGAUGAAGCAAAUGAUUUGGAGGUUGAUGUUGAAGACGAAGUUGCUGAGCAAAACUAUCCACUGAUGGACGGGUCUGGUUACGUUAAGAAACGUAAGCAUCCCUUGAUUCUUAGAUGGGUUCGCUUUAGCAUUAACUCUUCACCAUCGGAUUAUUUCCGAGAGCAUUUAAUGCUCUUCUAUCCUUGGCGAAAUGAAGAAGCUGAACUUCUUUCCAACGACGUUGAAAACACAUUCAGAACUAAUCAUGAAUCUAUUAGGAUCAUGAAAAGAAACUAUGAUGUGUUUGAUGAUAUGGAGUUAGAAAGAGUUCUUGAAGAUUUGCAAGAGGAUAGGGGGGAUAAUAAUCCCAAUUUGGAAGAACCUGCCUCCCAAUUUUUAGACGAAGAAUUUAGAGCUUUAGCAGUGCCUAAUAUAGAGCGGAACGUAAAUAUUCUUCAGGAUGACAAUGCAACGAAUAAUCCUGAAGAAGAUGGCGAACUUCAAUUAAUUAGACUCCCCCCAACUGAGGAACUUAGCAGUAGGGUGCCUAGUCGGCAGGCCGACCGCGUGACAGUGGGAAAUGCUGACGAUCGCAAGAUACCGGAAACCAGUGGGAUCCAGGCACGGCCCCCAAAGGCGGGUAUGCUGAGUCGACAUUAUAAAGACUAG